AUGUUGAGAAAGUGGAAAGUGAUUGGAAGCUUUUGCGUUGCAGUUUUUCUGUUUGGUUUGGCCUGUUUCACCUAUUUGGGUACAUUACAGGACGAUGAAUAUAAAUAUAACGAUGAUACGUUACCUCAAAUAAGUUUAUCGUUCUCAAACAGUCCGGACGUGGUUUGUCCUUUAACAGACGUUCAGACGACAGAUCUUAAAGCCCCUUCACUGUUAUCUUUUUUGAGGGCAUCAACAGCAGAGGGAAACCAAGAUCUCACUUUCAGUGGCUUGGUAGUAGUUUCAAAAAUGGCCAAUGUUUGUCACCCGUUAGUUGAUGUAGGGCAGGCAAGAGUUCAAGUCAACAAAAUUGCGCUCAUCACGAUGAAGAAGGAAUGUUCGUUGUGCGAGCUGGCAGCUAAAGCGCAGCACGCUGGAUACUCCAUGGUGAUAUUUCAUUUCUCAUCAUGGCUGACCAAGAGAAAUUGUAGCGUAAAAACUGCGGCUAAGCUGUUGAUCCCUGUUGUUUAUGGCGACAAUUGUCAAAAUUUUUCGUAUACCGUAUACGACUUGGAUACUUUAUUUUCAACCGUAGACCAAACAGAUAUCCAUGUAAGAGUUUCAUUUAUGUCAUAUCAUCUGAAAAAGAUGGCAAAGUAUUUGAGUAAUCUAUAUUUUUGGUUUCUUUUGGGUCCAAUUAUCACUAUGGUAUGGCUCCGACGAAAGAAGAUACUCUGUCGCGUGACAACAACGCGACAAAUCGACGAGGAGUCUGGUGACGAGGAAAUAGUUGAGGUGGGUCGUGGACACUCUAUCCAACGAGAUCUUAUCUUUACGAAUCACGCUGAGACUAGUUCAAUCACAGUGCGUGUGGCGAGGAUAUUUGGAAGAAGUACUCGCUGCCUCGCAAUUGGUUUUGGUUAUGUGAUUCUCACUCUAGCAGCGCUCCCUGUAGGUAUCUCAAGUGGAGGAUGGUCUUUUUUCCGAUUUGAUGAACAAGAAAGAUUUCGGCAAAAAACUUUCUGGGAUGUUCUUAUACCAGAAAAUACGACUACCGUACAAGGAGAUAAUUUUAACUAUACCAAGACAAUCGCGACAGGCGCUUCGAUAGCAGCAGUUGUCAAUUCGUGCUGGUCAGUUGUACGAGUAUUUUGGUUUUUUAUGUACAGUGCGUUUGCCUGUAAGAGAACCUGGACCGUUUCGACGAACCCUUCAAAGUUGAUUCGGAGCGAUUGGUUUUCAUCCAACAUGUAUUUACUCGUUUUGUGCUUCGUUGUACCAUACUGUUCUCUCAACCUGCAGAACCCAUUAUUUGAAGGUUUUUUUCUUGACAAGUUUUUAUAUUUUAUGCUUUACAAUGUAACUUGCACAGUUUGUAAUUUUCUUUUUAUAAUCAUCCUCAACAAACACAAAGUUGUCACAAGGUAUGUGUUCUACAUCAGUGUGUGUAUGAUCUGUGCUUAUGCUGAAAGUGACAUAGUAGCUGUGUUUUAUUUCAUUCUCAAUUCUCAAGGCUCCCUCAAUAAAGUAAAACUCACUGCCCUUCGCACUGUAGCACUUGGCCUCACUUUGACUCUGAGUUUCAGUUCUUCAAUGCACAUAAUCCGCAAACUUAUGAAACCACAGGAGUCUGUGUUUGAGGGACUGUCAGAGAGGUGA